AUGAAGAAUCAACAUCAUUUCAAAGCGUACAGUUCCAUCGAGAAUCACUAUCAAGAAUUUGCCAAGAAUUUAAUCCGUGAUGAGAAUUAUGAUCCAUCAAUUCCUUGGGUUGUCUCUGAAAAGAUUCAUGGAUGUAAUUUUAGUUUUGUAAUGUGGAGGGAUAAUUAUCAGACUGCCAAUUCGUGUCUUGUGGAAGAUAUUCAAUGCCAGGUUGCAUCCCGAAGACAAUAUGUUGGAUUGGAUGAAGAGGAAAAACAAAAGAAGAAAAAAUCACCUCAUGAAGAUGACGAUUUCUUUCCUGAGGCUGUGGAGAUUGUGAGGAAUAGAUAUGAGGAACAGAUAAAGAAGGUUUUUAAGAGUAUUUGUGAUAUCUAUUCGAAUGAUAAUUUUAAGGUGAGAAGAGCUAAUUUCUAUGGAGAAAUUUUUGGAGGUCAAUAUCCUCAUGAUCAAAUAGAAAAUGUAAAAGGAAGAUAUCCAAUUCAAAAACAUGUGUAUUAUACUCCUGAUUAUGAUUUCUAUAUGUUCGAUGUCUAUGUAUUUGGAUUAAAUGUAGAAACAAAGAAGGAAGAAGGAUUCUAUUUGGCCUAUGACAAGAUGAUUCAAUUACUCACUGAAUGUGGAAUUUCUCGAUAUGCCAAAGAAGUGAUGAGAGGAACUUUGGAAGAAUGUUUAGAAUACGAUUGCAAUUAUCCAACCAAAAUUCCACAAUUAUUCUACAACCUCCCACUCGUUGAAUCAUGUCCAAAUAUCUGUGAAGGAGUGGUUAUUAAGCCAAUCAGAGAUAUGUUCACAAAGGAAAAGGGAGAACGAUUUAUUAUCAAGAAGAAGAAUGAAGCAUUUAAGGAAGUUGUGCAACCAAAAAAGCCACCAAGACCUAGAAAAAAAACCAAAAAGCCAACCUUUGAUAAUGAAUCUGUUUCCACUCCAGUAUUCGAUUUAAUAGUUCAAUAUUUGAAUGAUAAUCGAUUGGAAUCUGCCAUUUCCAAAAUUGGUAAUAUUAUCACUUCAUUUAAAUUGAGAAAUAAGUGUUUGGCUUUGUUUGUUCAGGAUAUUUUGGCAGAUUUCAAGAAGGAACAUUCGAAUGAGUGGGAUUCUCUCGCUAAAGUUGACCAGAAAGCAAUUUCUAAAUAUUUAUCUGAUGAAGCUAAGGAAAUUAUUACUGAUUAUGUUUAUGAAUACACUACUGAAGAACAAAAACAACAAGAAGAACAAUUAUAA